GGCGGAGUGGCAGUGGCAGUGGAGAAAGAAUGAUGCGCAGCUCGCUACGCGUGAGCUCACUGCAACAAAAGCAAUAAAGAAAAGAGACUUUACAUACAUUCCGCGCACCCACACACUGGCGUUGAGCUGGUACAUAGAGUGCAUCGGUGCAUGGUGUGUGUGCAAACGUUCGUCAACGGGAAAAACAUUUAUUCGCGAGCCAGCAAUUGCCAGGAAAUAUUGUACGCAAAUUUGUCUAAAAAUGAUCUCUAACCCAUCGCACGCAGACAGACGCAGCGCGCUUAUAGGGGCAGCGUUUAAGUGAAAAGCAGCAGUGCCCAAUAUACGUAAAAACCAUUCGAAAAGUGCAACAAAAGCCGUAAAAAAGAACUAAAGCAACGGGGAAUCGAGGCAACCAAAUCACUUCUGGAAUAGUUUCGCCCGCUCCUUCCAGCGCGUUCAGAAAUAGGCGAUCCAAGCCCAUGCAAACCACAACCUCCCCUGGAACCCCAAUCCUCCAGCUUCGAGUGGCCUACGCAUGCCUUUGAAUUCGCACUCGAAUUUGCACUUUCGCACCCGCACAGCAGCCCAGAGAAGCCACCGCCGAGCACCCUAUGGAUGACCCAUCAAUCAAGAAACGGCUACUAGAUCUGUAUACUGACGAACAUGAAUACGAUGAAGUUCAGGAGCUGCCAGAAGAGUCAAGCAUUCAGCCCCCGGAGUCAUCAGCGAGCAACCCAAGCACGAACGGUGCCAGCCACUCGGGAACUGCAACUGCAACUGAAUCUGGAUCAACAGCAGGAGGAGCUCCGCCAGUGGGUGCCCCACAGUCGCCAGCAAUUGUUGUGGACUCUGUGCCCGAGCUGCCAGCGCCCAAGCAGAAGUCUGUGAAGAACUCGAAGAGCAAGCAGAAGCAGAAGCAGGUGGCCAACAAGUCCAAGAUCCCACGCUCCCCCUCGCUGGCGAGCAGCCUGAGCAGUCUGGCCAGCAGCCUGAGUGGUCACCGGGAUCGGGACAAGGACCGCGACAAGGAACGGGAUCGGGAGAAUCACAACAACGAGAGUUCCGUGCCGCCGCAGACGCCGCCGCUGCCAGCGACCUACAAGCAGAGCCGGAUGAAUGGUGAUACCUCAGCUGCAGCUGGUGGUGGUGACUCCGCCCCAGCCACGCCCACGUCCACCAUCAAUAACAAUGCGAGCAACAGCAGCAACAACGGGGGCGUGCAACCCAACCCGAAUCAAUCGGACAGCGCCAACGCCGUCCUCCAGACGCCGGGGGAGCGCAGCAGUCUCAACCUGGCACCACGCUACCGGCUGCUGGGAGGUAGCUGCCAGUCCCAGGAGCCCACGACGCCAGCGACCACGCCGACGACGCCCGACCUAGCAUUACCAAAAAAUUUUCAGUAUUUAACCCUGACUGUGCGAAAGGAUGGCAACGGAUACGGCAUGAAGGUUUCCGGCGACAAUCCUGUGUUUGUGGAAAGCGUUAAGCCCGGAGGUGCAGCCGAAGUUGCUGGCCUGGUGGCUGGCGAUAUGAUACUGAAGGUGAAUGGCCAUGAAGUGCGUCUAGAAAAACAUCCAACUGUAGUAGGCCUUAUAAAAGCCUCGAACACUGUGGAACUGGCGGUGAAACGAAGUCAGAAGCUUACGCGACCCACUUCGGUGAGUGUGGUGACGCCUUCGACUCCGAUCCUGUCAGGACGAGAUCGCACUGCUUCCAUAACUGGACCCCAGCCAGUGGAUAGUAUCAAGCGCAGGGAGAUGGAGACGUACAAGAUCCAGACGCUGCAGAAAAUGCUGGAACAGGAGAAGCUAAACCUGGAGCGUUUGAAGAGCGAUCAGAACAACCCGAGCUACAAGCUGUCCGAGGCGAAUAUCCGCAAGCUGCGCGAGCAGCUCCAUCAAGUGGGGGCCGAGGAUGCACCGACUGUUAAACUUCAGGCGGCCGCUGGCAAUAAGAACACAGCAUUACUAACGCCCAACCAAAUCCAACACUUGUCCGCGUCCGCCACUCACAGCAAUCAGCAAUUCCAUCAUCUUCACAACCACCACCACAAUCUCCACAACAACAAUUACCCGCCACAGCAACAGCCAGCUAGCACCUCACCCGCAUUCCUGUCCCUCCUGCCGCGUUCCCUCUCGUCCCUGUCGCUGGGCACGCGCAAGAACAAGAUCGAGAAGGACCUGACCACGUCCUCUCCGUUCGGUCUCACCACGGACUUCCUGCAGCAGCAGCGGAUGAGCCACCAGGCGGCGGCGGAGGCCAUGUCGCAGUCGAUGCACCAGCACUCCAGCACGCCCACCUCGCAGCAGCAGUUCUUCCAUCCGCACCAGCAGCAGCACCGCUUCAAGGAUUCCGGACCGUCGUCGAAGGGCAAGAACAAGUUCCAGAUUUCGAGGAGUCUUAUCGAGGAGGAUGUGCCGCCACCCCUGCCGCAAAGGAAUCCUCCCAGGCAGCUCAACUUGGACCUUAAGAACGGAAAUGCCUCACCUAGUGGCUCGCAUCUGGUGGCUCCCGUCUCCGAUCUGGAUCGCGCCACCAGUCCCCAGUUGAGCAGAUCGCAGCAACCGCAGCUGCCCAGCAGCACCGACAACAGUCCAAGCAACGCCAAGUCGAAGCGCUCCAAGAUUAAGACGAAGGCCCUAUCCGAUCCCAAGAUGUCCACCCAGAUGUUCCUGCAAAUGGAGUCGGCCUGUGCGGCGGGAGCAGCCGGCGGAGGAGCCAUCGAAGUGGAUGGGGGACCACCACCGCUGCCGCCCCGUUUGCCUGGCAUGAUGACGGAGGACAUGAGCCGCGGCAGCUGUCAGAAUCUGGCUCAGCCCAACUCCGUUGGCACUGCCUUCAACUACCCCCUGGUCUCCACCACCACGGCGGUGCAGAGCGACAACCUGAACAUUGCCUUUCCUCUGUCCCAGCGGCCCAACAUUGUCCAGCAGCUGCAGCAGUAUCAGCAGCAGCAGCAACACCAUCAGUUGGGCGGUGGCCAGGCCACAGGCGCUCUAGGACAGACACCGAAUUUGGUUAAAAACAAACAUCGACGAGUGGGUUCUUCACCGGACAACAUGCAUCCACGACAUCCGGAUCGUUUGAUAAAAACAACUUCCGGUUCUUGGGAGAUUGUCGAGAAGGAUGGGGAAUCAUCGCCGCCCGGAACACCGCCUCCGCCAUAUUUAUCCAGCUCGCACAUGACCGUUCUGGAGGAUCCCAACGAGAACUGCCGCGGAGCAGCAGCAGCAGGCGGACCAGGAGUCUUCAUCGAGUCGCAUCAGUUCACGCCGAUAGCGGGAGCCUCUUCCCCCAUCCCGAUAUGCCUACAUUCCGGCCCCAUACAUGCGGCCCAGUCGAACGAAACGCAGAAGGAGAUUAUCUCGAUGGAGGACGAGAACUCGGACAACGAGGAGCCCUUCAUCGACGAGAACGGGCCGUUCAACAACCUGACCCGUUUGUUGGAGGCCGAGAACGUCACCUUCCUAGCCAUCUUCCUGAACUACGUGAUCUCGAACUCAGAUCCCGCGCCACUUCUCUUCUACCUGAUCACCGAGCUGUACAAGGAGGGCACGUCCAAGGACAUGCGUAAGUGGGCCUACGAGAUCCACUCAACAUUCCUCGUGCCGCGUGCCCCGCUGUCGUGGUAUCGCCAGGAUGAGUCGCUGGCCCGCGAGGUAGACAAUGUCCUGCAGCUGGAGUACGACAAGGUGGAGAUCCUGCGCACUGUCUUUCUGCGCAGUCGCAAGCGGGCCAAGGACUUGAUCAGCGAGCAGCUGCGCGAGUUCCAGCAGAAGCGCACCGCCGGCCUGGGCACCAUCUACGGACCCACCGAUAGCAAGCUGACCGAGGCGAAGACGGACAAGCUAAAGGAGCAAAUCAUCGACAAGUACUUGAUGCCUAAUCUGCAGGCCCUGAUUGAGGACGAGAAUGGUCUGCCGCAUGAGGAUGUGCGGAAGGUGGCCUUGUGCUCUGCCCUCUCCACGGUCAUCUACCGAAUUUUCAACACUCGUCCGCCGCCGAGCAGCAUUGUGGAGCGGGUCCACCACUUUGUGAGCAGAGACAAGAGCUUCAAGUCGCGCAUAAUGGGCAAGAAUCGUAAGAUGAAUGUUCGUGGUCAUCCAUUGGUAUUGCGUCAAUACUAUGAAGUGACGCACUGCAAUCAUUGUCAGACGAUUAUCUGGGGUGUGAGUCCGCAAGGUUAUCAUUGUACAGACUGUAAAUUGAAUAUACACCGUCAAUGCUCGAAAGUAGUUGACGAGAGUUGUCCCGGUCCCCUGCCCCAGGCAAAACGCCUCGCCCAUAACGACAAGAUCAGCAAGUUCAUGGGCAAAAUUCGACCGCGCACCAGCGACGUUGUCGGAAAUGAAAAACGCAGUCGACAAGACGAGGAUUUGGAGGCUGAGUUGACGCCAGAUCGUGGUCAGACGUCGAUUGUGCGUCAGCCCUCGGAUCGCCGGCCGGAUGGGAACAUAUCGAUGCGCUCGAAUGGGAACACAUCCUGCAACACUUCGGCGCUGAACACCACCGACCUGCAGAGCUCGUUUCACGGCAGUUGUGCCAACGACAGUAUUAGCGCCGUUGGUGGUGCCGGAUGCAACAUGGAUCUGUCCACGAGUGUGGCCUCCACGGCUCCGUCGAGCAGUAGCUCCGUAUCCGCCGGCCUGAGUGCGUUUGCGGAUCUAAAUUCUCUGGAUUCGGUGGACAAGGAAGCCCGUAGAGAGCGUUACAGUCAGCAUCCGAAGCACAAGAGCGCCCCGGUGUCAGUGAAUCGCUCGGAAUCCUACAAGGAGCGCUUGUCCAACAAGAGGAACCGCAACAGCCGCCGCAAGACCUCUGAUCCAAGUUUGUCGUCGCGUCCCAAUGAUGAGCAGCUGGACUUGGGUCUUUCGAACGCCAACUAUGUGGCCAGUUCCAAUUCUAGUCUCUCUUCGGCUGGCGGCAGCGAGAGCCCCAGCACUUCGAUGGAGCACUUUGCUGCUACGGGAGCAGCCGGUGGCGUCCAGGCACCGCCGGCGGGAUUGAACCAAAGCCAGCAUCCGCACCUGCUCAUCCAGCAGCAUGCCCAGCAGUACUGUCAGCAGGAUUCCUUUCAAGCGGGCUUGGCCGGAGGCGGGGGAAGCAGUGCAGCUGGCAACUCGAGUUUCUGGAAUGCCGGCCACCCACUGCCCAAGCAAUGGAACCUGGAGAGCGAGGACGAGGACGAUGUCAACGAGGCCGACUGGAGUUCCAUGGUGGCCGCCGAGGUUCUGGCAGCUUUGACGGACGCCGAGAAGAAGCGGCAGGAGAUUAUUAAUGAAAUCUAUCAAACUGAGCGCAACCAUGUGCGCACCCUCAAGCUGCUAGACCGCCUGUUCUUCCUGCCGCUGUACGAGAGUGGACUGCUGUCCCAGGACCACCUGCUGCUGCUGUUCCCGCCCGCACUGCUGUCGCUUCGCGAGAUCCACGGCGCCUUCGAGCAGAGUCUGAAGCAGCGGCGCAUUGAGCACAAUCACGUAGUUAACACCAUUGGCGAUCUGCUCGCCGACAUGUUCGACGGCCAGUCCGGAGUUGUUCUCUGCGAGUAUGCGGCGCAGUUCUGUGCCCGGCAGCAGAUCGCCCUGGAGGCCCUCAAGGAGAAGCGCAACAAGGAUGAGUCGCUGCAGAAGCUGUUGAGGAAGUCGGAGUCGCACAAAGCAUGUCGCCGCCUCGAACUGAAGGACUUGCUGCCCACCGUGCUGCAGCGCCUCACCAAGUAUCCGCUGCUGUUUGAGAACCUGUACAAGGUGACUGUGCGCCUGCUGCCAGAAAACACCACCGAAGCUGAGGCCAUCCAACGAGCCGUGGAGUCCUCGAAAAGAAUUCUGGUCGAGGUCAACCAGGCAGUGAAGACAGCCGAGGAUGCUCACAAACUACAAAACAUUCAGCGUAAAUUAGACAAAUCCUCCUAUGACAAGGAGGAGUUUAAAAAAUUGGACCUGACCCAACAUCACCUCAUCCAUGACGGCAACCUGACGGUCAAGAAGAAUCCUAGCCUCCAGCUGCAUGGCUUGCUGUUUGAGAACAUGAUUGUUUUGCUGACCAAGCAGGAUGAUAAAUAUUAUCUUAAGAACCUGCACUUCCCGCUGACGUUGAACAACAAGCCAGUCAGUCCCAUCAUGAGUAUUGAUGCGGAGACUUUGGUGCGGCAGGAGGCGGCCGACAAGAACUCUUUUUUCCUCAUCAAGAUGAAGACAUCACAAAUGUUGGAGCUACGAGCGCCUAGCAGCUCGGAAUGCAAGACAUGGUUUAAGCACAUCUCGGAUGCUGCUGCUCGUCAGUCGAAGAAUCGUUCGAAGAACGCCUCAAACAGCCAUGACACAAGCAUCAGCGACCCAGCCCUCACCGCUAUUCCGCAUUCAAGCACCAAGGAGUCGUUGGAGCUAACCACCGAUUGCACCCAGCCAAUGGCGGCGACAGCCACGUUGACCACCACACCCUUGGCGCCAAUGCUGCCUAUAGCCACGGUUACACCGGCUCCAGCGACCAGCAACAGCAACACCAGCACCACUGCGGGAGUCCAAGUACGCGAUCCUCCGCGGGAUGUGGGAGCAAGUGAUUCUGAUGCGGACUAUGUGAACACACCGAAGGUGCAGCGAUCGAGUCAGAGCGACGUUAAUCGCUCCAUGUCCAUUAGAAGCACUGGGGAGUCUAACCACAAGUACUCGGCGAAUGGCACAGAAGCCAGCGAUGUCACUCUGCGCCACUCCCAGUCCACCAGGGAGUCGACCAGGCCAGGAUCAACCGGGGAGGAAAGGAACUCCACGUAUGGCAUGGUGGGAGGUAACUCCAAACGCGACAGUGCCAGCAUUGUUUGCUCGAACAAUUCGAACAACACGCGCACCUUGUUGAUGCAGAGCCCCUUGGUGGAUCCCACGGCCAUCCAGGUCAGCAUCAGUCCGGCCCACACCGCGAAACCGGUGUUGACUCCGGGGGAGAAGCUGCGCCGCUUGGACGCCUCCAUAAGGAGUGAUUUGCUCGAGAAGCAGAAAAUCAUUUGUGAUAUCUUCCGUUUGCCCGUGGAACACUACGACCAGAUUGUGGACAUUGCCAUGAUGCCAGAGGCGCCGAAAGACAGUGCAGACAUUGCCCUAGCUGCCUACGAUCAGAUUCAGAGCCUGACGAAGGUGCUGAACGAGUACAUGCACGUGACGCCCGAGCAGGAGGUCUCGGCGGUGUCCACCGUCGUCUGCGGCCACUGUCACGAGAAGGAGAAGCUGCGCAAAAAGGUGACUGCAUCCCCAUCGUUCUCCUCAUCGCCGCCCCCGCUGCCGCCUCCCAACAGGCAACAUGCCCAGGCUCAGGCCCAGAUACCGCCAUCGCGGCUGAUGCCCAAACUACAAACCCUUGAUCUUGACGAAGUUGCCAUACACGAAGACGAUGACGGAUACUGUGAGAUCGAUGAACUGCGCUUGCCAGCGAUUCCGUCCAAGCCGCAUGAGAGGCCCACAACGCCACUGGCUCCGUUCAAAACUGAGCCGCAGACUUCGCAAUCUGUUGUCGUUGAGUCCACGAAACGCCAAAGCACGGGUGAUGUUCCUGAGGUUCCUUCGGUCGAGAAGGAACAACCCGAGACGGUGUCGACGGACAACAAGCUGGCACAGGCGCAGAAGGAAGUAACCUCUGAGCCCUCAGAUAAGCUACCUACUACAAGUGAAUCAUGUAAGCAGCAGAAAGCUGAAGCGGACAAUACUAAGGAAAAGGCUGAUUCGACGACCACUGAUAACGAGGCCUCGGCAACAGCACCAGCAGAUGGAAUACCCACCGAGAACAACGAGGUGGGCACUACUGAGGCUGUGGAAAAAUCCGAGGCCGACCACAAAGAGGACGUCGACGUUUCCACCGAACAGGUCGCGGUAUCCAGAGUCGAUAGCUCGACGCAGACAUCACCAACUGAAGCGACAAGGGAAACGGAAAAGCCAACUGGAGGAUCGGGCAGCACCUGUGGGCCGAAUCGCAUCCAGCAUGCCAGUGUCCUGGAGCCGAGUGUGCCUUGCCAUGCCCUCAGCAGCAUUGUGACAGUACUGAAUGAGCAGAUUUCCAUGCUUUUGCCAAAAAUUAACGAACGCGAUAUGGAACGAGAGCGGUUGCGCAAGGAGAAUCAACACCUUCGCGAGCUUUUAAGUGCGCUGCAUGAUCGACAGCGAGUUGAUGAAGUAAAGGAAACUCCGUUCGAUCUUACGAAACUGAUGCAUGCUGAGGAUGUGGAGUUUGACGAUGAUAUUGACGCCAUUUCCAACAGUUCGCUGACGCCCACUCCCACGCCGGUGCCCACGGCUUCGCCCAGCGCCAGUGGUCAGGUUCAGCCAGCGGAAGCCAUGAGAGUAAACAGCAAUGAGGACGAGGAAUAGGAAACUUGUUUGAUUUUUUUUUGUAUAAAAUACAUAUUUGUUCUUGUUUUCCCCACAAACGCAUUCGACCAAUUGAAUUGGCGGCGUCUAUGUUUUACGAGUAGCCUUUCUAGAGCAUGCCUUUUACUACUGUUAAUGUAGCUUCAUUUGUUUCUUAAAAUAUUAUGUAUUCCACAAGAACCGAUAACACUUUAAAUUAAGCCUAACAAUGUCCCUCGUAAAACUAAUUAAAUACCUAUACAUAUGCAUAUUAUCGACUUAAAAGAAAUAUCAGCUAAAUACACAAUGUUUGAUACAUUUAUAAAGAACAAUAAACAACAUAGUUAUU